ACCCGGUUUUGUCUUUACGAUCAUCUCCCUCUCUAUAUAUAUAUAAACACAGAAGAAGAAGAAAGAAAACUAUGACGACCCUUCAAAGCACAUUCAAAGAAACGAGAUCAAGCUUCUGCAGGAAUUCAUCAGAGAUGGGAAGUACGCAGAAUCCAAGAAGAGAGGUUGAUGAUGAAGAAGAUGAAGAUGAAGAGGAGAAGAUCACAGUUUCAAGCCCAGAGGCAAAGCUCGGGAUGAGAGUCGAAGAUCUUUGGGACGUUCAGGAGCCUCAGCUCUCUCCUACCGAGAAGCUCAACGCCUGCUUCGAGAGCAUUCCCGUCUCUUCCUUCCCCAUCUCCACCGCCUCUCGAGUGACAGAGAUAAGAUCAGACACUAGCUUAGCAGACACUGUCAAGAUACUGUCUCGGAACAAGAUUCUAAGUGCACCUAUAGUCGAUGUCGAUGCUUCCGACGAAGCUUCUUGGAUAGACCGAUACAUCGGAAUCGUGGAGUUUGCGGGCAUUGCCGUAUGGAUCCUGCAGCAGUCGGAGCCUCCGUCUCCUAGGAGCCAGGCUUCUCGGACCGGAGCUGCAUUGGCAGUAGCAGCUAACGGAGUAACCAAUGCGGCAGGUCUCAUCGCUCUGGGACCCGAGGACGCGUCCGUUACGUCGGGAAACUUCUUCGAAGACCUUACUUCCUCGGAAUUCUACAAGAACACUAAGGUGAAAGACAUUUCGGGUUCAUUCCGAUGGGCUCCGUUCCUCGCAUUGCAGAAAUCGAACUCCUUUCUAACGAUGCUCCUGCUCCUCUCAAAGUACAAGAUGAAGAGUGUUCCCGUGGUGAAUCUCGGCGAAGGAAAGAUCGAUAACAUAGUUACGCAAUCCGCAGUUAUCCACAUGCUUGCAGAAUGUUCCGGACUCUCUUGGUUUGAGAGCUGGGGAGAAAGAACAGUCUCGGACACCGGUCUCCCGUACAUGUCAUCGGAUCACAUUGUAAAGGUAUACGAGCACGAACCGGUUCUUCAAGCGUUUAAAUUGAUGAGAAGACGAAGAAUAGGCGGCGUACCGGUCAUGGAGAAAGGGAGCAACAAGGCAUUGGGAAACAUUAGCCUUGGAGACAUUCAGUUCCUUCUGACAGCACCGGAGAUCUACCAUGACUUAAGAACGAUAACAGCAAAGGACUUCCUCACGGCGGUAAGAGGGCAUCUGAAGCUGAAGAGACAGGACGAGAACUCGGGUAUGAUCACUUGCAAGAAAAGCAGCACAAUGAAAGAAAUGAUAAUGAGGCUGGACUCGGAGAAGAUCCACAGGAUCUACACGGUGGAUGAAGAGGGGAACCUCGAAGGAGUGAUCACCCUCAGAGACAUAAUAUCGAGAUUGGUGCACGAGCCACGGGGAUAUUUCGGAGAUUUCUUUGACGGGGUAUUGCCGUUGCCGGACAGCAGCAGGGUCUGAGAGAUUCUUGCAUAUGAGGAAUGUGCUGUGAGCUGUGAAAUCUUGCAAAAGCUUUGUCUUGCAAUGGAAAUGUGUUGUAUAUAUACUAUAUCAUCGUGUCCGAGUUUCUACCUUCCCCUCUUUGGACUCACCACUUGAAAUUUAACAAGUUUAGCUUCGGCUUCUUUGUCA